GGCCGAGGUGACACGCUUGAUUUGUGACUGUGAGGCGGGUGGGAUCUGUGCACACCCAAGUCUCCACUCUGCGGAAGCUGGGAGGGGUUCUCAGAGACGCCAGCCGAUGUGUGCCUUGUCCCCAUCCUUCCGGGUGGGUUGGGAAGGAGGGCUGGAGUUGCAGACCAAAGACUGCGCCAUAGAGAAGAGCCUUGCUCUCUGGGAGACAGCUUAAACUAAAAACCAUAGCAUCCAUGACACCAUCCUAUCCUCCAGCGCUCCAGCGCCCAGGACAAGAUGCUGGGGAUGAGCUGCCGCCCAGGCCAGAGAGGGCUUCCCUGUGCCCUGGUGUCCACAAGGACACGGGUCUCAGGUGAGACUGCCGGAGUGACCAGAUAACACCUUGUCCCAGCCCAGAGCCUGUGCCUGAAAGGGGCAUGAUGAAUGUUUAUGCAGAUCAUGGUGUAACCUGGGAAUGUCACAAUGACCUGAGGGGCCUGGCCCCAGUGAAGGCCACAGGCCCCACACGCUUCCCUGUAGCCAAGCCAAUCGGUGUCCCAGAGCAGAGACGGGCAAGGGUUGAAAUUUAACCACUAGGCUCAGGGGCUUUUGGGAGAGCCUCAGAAAGACGGUGUACCCCAGACCACAGCUAUCCUGGGCACAACCAGACCGUGGGACAGUAACCCUCUUGGUCACCAAAAUGCUCAGGGCCUUGCGGCUGGGGAGGAUGGCCGGCCAGCCCCCCAGGGCCCUCUCUCUGGCCAGGAGGAUGUGCCAGUCUCCCCGAAGUCCUGCAACGAGACAGGGCCAGUGGCGUUCCCGGCAUUCCUGUGCACGGGGAGACAGAAGUGGUGCUUGGCACCCUUUCUGGACGGGCCCGGCCCCUGCCCCUGGGGGCACCCGGCAGUCUCCCAUCGACAUCCCCUCGGGAGACAGCGUCUACGACCCCCAGCUGCAGCCGCUCAGUGUCUCCUACCACCCGGCCUCCUGCCGCUAUGUCUGGAACACCGGCUACUUCUUCCAGGUAGAGUACGACGACGCCGAGAGAUCAGGCAUCAGUGGCGGGCCCUUGGAAAACCACUACCGACUAAAGCAGUUCCACUUCCACUGGGGCGCCGGGGACGAGCGGGGCUCGGAGCACGCGGUGGACGGCCACGUGUUCCCCGCAGAGCUGCAUUUAGUUCACUGGAAUUCCGUAAAAUACGCAAAUUACAAGGAAGCUGUGCUGGGGGAGAACGGCCUGGCUGUGAUCGGUGUGUUUUUAAAGCUCGGGGCCCCGCAUCAGGCCCUGCAGAAACUGGUGGACAUCUUGCCAGAGAUAAAGCACAAGGACACCUGGUCGGCCGUGGGCCCCUUCGACCCCUCAUGCCUGCUGCCCGCGUGCCGGGACUACUGGACCUACCCGGGCUCCCUCACCACCCCGCCGCUGGCCGAGUCCGUCACCUGGAUCAUUCAGAAGCAGCCCGUCGAGGUGGCCCCCAGCCAGCUGUCGGCCUUCCGGAAGCUCCUGUUCUCCGCAGAAGGCGAGGAGGAGGCGGUGAUGGCCGACAAUUACCGCCCGCUGCAGCCCCUGCGCAGCCGGCAGGUCCGCUCGUCCUUCCGGGCCACUGAGCGGGCCGGGAGAAGGGACUGAGGGGGCUCGCUUCCCAGCGGGCGCCAUUAAACCGCGGAAGGAAAGCACGC